AUGAAUGUCAGUGCUACGCUGAACGUAUUUAGACUGUUCUUUACGCCAAGCUACAGUGUUCCGCAUUUGACUGUCUCGUCAUUCGACAAGAUUCCAAUUCCUUUAAAGUUCCCAAAUCACCAACCAAAUAUUAGAGCUAUUGUAUUAGACAAAGAUAAUUGUUUUGCCAAAGCCCACGAUGAUAAAGUGUGGCCAGAGUAUAAGGAAGCUUGGGAUAAACUACGGACAACCUACCCAGGUGCUAGUUUGUUAAUUGUCAGUAACUCAGCCGGUACAAAUGAUGACAAGAAUCACGAGCAAGCAAAAGUGAUUGAAGAAAGAACUGGUGUCACUGUUUUGAGACAUACAACAAAGAAACCAGGCUGUCAUAAUGAAAUUAUGGAGUAUUUCAAGAAAAACAAUAUAGCGUCAGGUCCAGAAGAAGUAGCAGUUGUUGGUGAUCGUUUGUUCACAGAUGUUUUGAUGGCAAACAUGAUGGGUGCUUGGAGUAUAUGGGUCAGAGAUGGUGUUGUGAGGUCAGAAAGUUUGAUUUGUAAGAUUGAGCGCUCGGUGUAUUCUCAGUUUACUCAAAGAUCGAAUCCAUUGUUACCACCAAUUCCAAAGUUUAAGACAGAGAAAUGA